GGGGCGGCUGGCAGGGAGGCUGGGAGGUGGGCCGCCCCGCCCUCUCCCUGCCGAUAAAGACCGGCACGCAGCGCCCCCCACGGAGCCGUCCCGUCGCGCACUGGCCAAGGGUCCAGAGUGCCCUCUGCAGACAUGAGGCUCUUCCUGUCGCUUCCCCUCCUGGGGCUCGUCCUGUUCAUGGCUUUGGAAGGCCCAGCCCCGGCGCAGGCGGCCCCAGACUUCACCAGCACCUUGGAGGGGCUCCCCGCCAAGCUGAAGGAGUUUGGGAGCAUCCUGGAGGACAAGGCCCUGGCAGCCAUCGAGCACAUCAAGCAGAGUGAACUUCCUGCCAAGACCCGGAACUGGUUCUCUGACGCCUUCAGCAAAGUGCAGGAGAAGUUCAAAGCCACCUUCUCCUGAGCACCUGAGGGCAGCACCUAAGGGAGGACUCCUCUGUGAUGCCCAGGUCCUCCCCCAAUAAAGAUCCUACCAAGA